AGGAGUUUCAACUGCAAUGAUAGUUUCAUCUUUCUUCAUCUCUUUGUGCUUACUAAUAGCUGCAAGAUUUACAUACAAAGUGAUAUGGGUUCCAUUUGUGGUAGGAUAUGCUAUGAGAUCACAGGGAAUCAAAGGCCCUUCUUACAAGUUUAUCUAUGGAAAUACCAAAGAGGUAAUUCAGAUGAGGAUGCAAUCCAUUAGUAGUGCCAUGGAAAUAUCACAUGAUAUCUUGCCUAGGGUGCAUCCUCACUACUUUUCAUGGAUCAAGUUAUAUGGGGCUAACUUUCUUCAUUGGAUUGGCCCUAAACCACAAAUGGUUGUGACUGAUCCUGAGCUGAUCAGGGAGGUACUAGGCAACAAAGAGGGAUCCUUCGGCAAAAUUAAACUUGAAGGUGAUCCAAAGAGGAUGUUGGGGGAUGGACUUGCAAUGACAGAGAGUGACAAAUGGUCAAAGCUAAGAAAACUAGCCACCCAAGCUUUUCAUGCAGAAAGUUUGAAGGAUAUGGCUCCAGACAUGGUUGCAAGUGUGGAAGAGAUGUUGGAGAGAUGGAAACAUGAACAAGAAAAGGGGAAGGAGAUUGAAGUGACUGAAGAAUUCAGGCUUUUAACCUGCGAGGUGAUCUCAAAGACAGCUUUUGGAAGUAGCUAUUUGGAAGGGAAAAACAUCUUUGAAAUGCUGAUGAAACUUUCAGCCAACAUAAUCAGAGAUAUUACUAGACCUCGAUUUUUUGGCAUCGAAAAACUUCUGAGGCUGAACGAAGACAUGGAAUCAAACAGGAUUGAGCGUUCUCUUUAUGAAUCAAUCACUGAGCUCAUAAGGAAAAGAGAAGCUAUGAUGGCAGAGUCUGGAAAAGUAGAGAGCUUGGGGAGUGAUUUUCUUGGAUCACUUCUGAAACUCCAUCACCAUGUUGACAAAGAAAACCGCAUUUCCGUACAAGACAUCAUCGACGAAUGCAAAACAUUCCAUUUUGCCGGACACGAGACAACUAACAGCCUCCUCGCCUGGGUUAUUGUUGUCUUAGCAAUCCACACUGAUUGGCAGGAAAAAGCACGAAAAGAAGUGUUUGAAAUAUGCGGUCAAGAAAAUCCCAAGCCUGAUGCCGUUCAACGAUUAAAGACAAUGAGCAUGAUAAUCCAAGAAACCAGCAGGCUAUAUGCCCCGGUACUCACACUCCUCAGAAGAACCAAAAGGAAAACCAAAAUUGGGAAACUCACAAUCCCAGCAGGAGUGGAGAUAGACAUCCCAGUUUUGGCAGUCCACCAUAACCCAGAGAUAUGGGGAGAAGACGCCCACUUGUUCAACCCAGACAGAUUUGCAGAAGGGAUGGCUAAUGCAACCAAGAAUAACACCAUGGCGUACUUCACUUUCGGCACUGGCCCUCGCAAAUGUGUUGGCUUGAAUUUCACCAUACUUGAAGUGAAGAUAGCCCUCACCAUGAUCCUCCAGCGCUACACCUUCAUCCUCUCUCCCAAUUAUGUUCACUCGCCCUUAAUGGUUUUGACUCUUCGCCCUCAACAUGGAGUUAAGAUUCUUCUCCGCCCUCUAGAAUAAGACUACUCCUCAUAGGUCUAGAUAUAAUAAUUAAGAAACUAUACU